AUGUUCGCUUCUGCAAGUUCCGAUCGUAAUGUUUGUAUCUGGGAUGCUAGACAGAGCAAGCCAACUCAUCGAAUUACGAAUAAAGUUGGAAACUUCUUCGUAUCUUGGUCACCCUGCGAUGAAUACUUGAUUUUUCUGGAUAAGGAUAAUCGUGUCAAUACAGUAGAUGUCAGGAACUAUAAAGUAGUUAAUACACACGACAUGAAGGUAUUCUCUCAUGAAGUGAUCUUCCACCCCCUCUCUAACCAUGUUUUUGUGGCCGAAUCAGGAGGAAGAGUCGAAGUUCUGAAAUUCGUCGGCGGCGCUCUAGAACCAGCUACCGUAAUCCAGCACAUUCACAUCAAGUUGACUGCUUGGCUCUUUCGAUUUCCAAAGACGGACAAAAACUUGCUGUUGGAGCAUCCGAUGCAUCGUGUUCAGUAUGGGACCUUGAUGAACUGA